AUGGAACGACUUCUUGCCAGAUCAGAGUGGAUUGAAAUAGCAGAUCAGAGYAAAAAGGCCCUAGACACGCAGGGGACCAACUUAGACCCGAACAAUACCAGCCAAGACAGGUUACUUGCAGAAAUUAGGAGGAUCGACGCCCGACUAAUAGAACAAGAUCACAAAAUUAGCACUCUCACCGAAAACGUCACCACAAAACCGCAGCACAGGCYAGCCAAAACCGAUUCAAGGAAUGAAGCAGAGGGAAAAUCUGGGACGACAAAUAAUCCCUGGGUCGAAGUAGCCAAGAGGAAACCAAAGACGACACCAACUACGGUAAGGAAGAARRCACCUGCGGUGAUGGUUAAAACUGGGAAUCUGACGUAUGUAGAAGCGCUACAAAAGAUUAGAUCAGAACCUACCCUGAAAGACCUCUCAAAGGAUAUUGUGUCAGUUCGCAAGACAGGUGCUGGACACCUUCUAGUUGAGAUGGGGAUGGGCACCACCAACGUGGAGAUGGUGAAMACUGCCAUCAAGAAGGCAGUUGGYGGAACCGCAACAGUAUCGACGCUUAAACAGUCAGUAAGAGUUGGUGUGUUUGGCCUUGACGAGAUAACAACACCUGAGGAAGUGGCUCAAGGAUUCACCAUUGCAUCUGGAACAGAGACAGAGGUCGAAGUAGUCUUACGUGAGAUGCCUCGAGGGCAACAAAUGGCAAUUAUCACAACCAGUGCAGAGGCGGCCAACAGAGUUGCGAAGCUKGGGAGAGUUCGUGUAGGUUAUACCACGUGUAGAGUGCGCUUGUGGCACGAAAAUAAGCGAUGCUACAGAUGUUUAUCARCCACGCAUGAAACCAGGAAUUGCCGCGGGACUGACCGUUCUGGCUGUUGUAUGGGUUGCGGAAAAUCAGGACACCUGAUCAAAGAAUGUAACGAGCCAGAAGAGGUGCGUGCCACAUUCAGGGAGAUGAUAUUAAAAGAAGAGGCGCAGCUCGACCAAACUACGAAAUGA